UAUUUAAACAAAACGAAACAUAAGUGUAAAUAGUGGUUUUUUUAUUUGAUUUUUUUUCUUUUCGAAAAAUGUCUCAAAUUCGUACAAUUAUUCCUAAAUUUCUUCUUCAUUCUAGACGUCUUUUUUCUAGUCAUCAUUGUAAUAUUGCAACAGAUUUAUCCUUGAAAAUAUUGCAACGUCAUGGUUUCACGGAAUCACAAGGUCGUCAAGCAUUAAAUUCAAUUGAAUCAUUAUUGCGUCCCGAUACAUAUGAAACAAUCGAUUAUACAUUAAGUAGUUGGAAACGUAAUGUUUUGCCUCGAAAUCAUCCCGAUCAUGUGGCUAACCAUGAAGAUUUCAAACAAGUGUUCUGGAACCAAGAAGCACGAUUACUUUUAGUAGGUGAAAAUUUCAUUGAAAAUCGUAUAUACCAGCUCAAGAACCUAGAUCUUGUACGUGGACAAAAUGAUUUAUGGCAAGCAUUUCAUCUUUCACCUGCAGGAUUUUUUCUACAAGAUUGGCAAGAAUUCCUGAAAAAAUAUUAUUAUAUUACAUUCAAAAUUCUACCAUGGUUAAAUUCGACAAAUGAUAAAACCGAUCAAAUUCAUCCAUUAAUUCGUCAUCCACAAUCUAUCGAACAGACAUAUAUGCAGAUUAAAACUCGUUUCAUUUUUGCUCAAAGAACUGGAUUCAAAGUGGCCGAAAGUAAAAAUGUUAAUCUGAAAACUUUGUUGUUGUUAACGGAAAAUGAUUUUCUACAGAUAUACGCACCAAAUUGCACGGUAGAAGAAUUCAGAGCUCUUGAAAAGCUCAAUAUGACCGAAUUAGGCAAUGAAGAUGAUGAAUUAUUUGAAGAUUUAGUGCAAUUAUCACCCAAACGACAACAAUCAAUGAAAAAUACUGAUAAGUCAUUCAUGAAAAAAAGUAUCGAGGAAGGCAUAUUGCUUAGCAAUUGAUAAUAAAUUUAUUUAGUAUACAAAUUCGAACUAAAAUAAAUUAUAAAAAGAACAAAACAGCCUUCAUGUCGGCUUCAGUGAUAGAUACAUUUUGCCUUUUAUAUUCUGUAUCUCCGGAUUAAUUUUCCGUAAUAUUUCGGCCAAUAAAUCCGUUAAUUUUUCUUUA